UUCAUAUCUAAAAUAAAAUCGGCAGAGAUCUUUUAACGCGUUUUUUUUGUACCAUGUUGAAUUUAAUAUGUUUUUUGUUAAUGGUAAACCUUAUACGUGCGGAGUUGCCUUGUGUUCAACGGGAAGUAGAAUACGGCACUGUAUGUGUCUGCAAUUCAUCCUACUGUGACACGGUACCAGAAGUCGUCAAUUUAACAUCACGUCAGUAUCAAAUUUACAGCACGAGCAAAGGGAACCUAGGAUUUCAUAGCAAUGUCGGACAGUUUUCUAAUGAAAUUGCCAAUACCUUAUUCACAGUAUCGAUACCAGAUCUUAACGCAAAACGACAAACCAUAUUGGGAUUUGGUGGUGCUUUUACAGGGACGGCUGGAUACAAUAUACUUACCUUACCAGAAGAUGCUCAAGAUAAACUAUUAGAAAGUUAUUUUGGCGAAAGUGGAAUACAGUAUACUGUUUGUCGAACUCAAAUGGGUGCUAGUGAUUAUUCAGUGACUGGAUUCACCAACCUUGAUAAUGAAGACGAAACUUUGGAUACUUGGAGCUUGCAAGUUGAAGAUACUGAUUACAAGAUUCCGAUCAUAAAAAAGGCCCAAAAACUGAGAGGAGAGGAUCUGAAACUGUUUUUGUCUUCUUGGUCAUCGCCAAAAUGGAUGAAGACUGUAGAUGAUUAUCUUGGAAGUGGCGAAUUAAAGGCGGAAUAUUUUGAUUUGUGGGCCAGAUAUUACAUGAAAUUUUUCGAAGCAUACAGAAGCGAAGGGGUUGAAUUUUGGGGUGUUACCCCUCAAAAUGAACCGUUCACAAGCCCUACGACUAAUAUAAAUUUGAGAUUCAGUUACGAUAGCAUGAAUAACUGGAUAACCAAUAACUUCGGUCCUGCAAUAAGAAAUUCAAGUUUUAAAGAUUUGAAAAUACUCUUCUUUGAUGAUGACACGUAUCUCCUAACGGCAUUUAAAAGCGCCACUCUCAACAACAAGGCAAUUGACUAUGCUGAUGGCAUUUCUAUCCAUUGGUACACUGAUGGCAGCAAUCAAGAUGAGUGGCUAGUUUUUCCCGAUAACCUGUUCGUUCUUGCAACUGAAGCGUGCCAGGGAAUCGAGAAUUACAUGCAUCAGAAAAACGUGCAAUUAGGAAAUUGGGACAGAGGAGUUGGUUAUAUUAAUUCGAUUAUCUACGAUUUGGAGCAUAACUACGUGGGAUGGGUUGAAUGGAAUUUGGCAUUGAAUGCUGACGGAGGUCCGAGUUGGCUUAACGCAUCUCUUGAUGCACCCAUUAUUAUAAAUGCAGAUGCUGGAGAGUUUUAUAAACAAGCAAUGUUUUACGUUAUUGGGCAUUUCUCCAAAUUCGUAGUUCCUGGUUCUCAAAGAAUUGAUAUAACGAGUGAAAACUUAUCAUUGGCUAAUAUUAAGGCCGCAGCUUUUGAACGACCUGAUGGAAACGUUGUCUUAAUUUUACACAACGGAUCUGGAAACAAGGUUUUUGUGCAAGUUUCGGUUGGUGACUCGACUGAACCAUUUGAGCUAGAAGCUGAUUCUAUCAACUCUAUAUUGUAUGCAGUAUAAUAGUGGGAAAUAUAUUUUGUAAAAUAAAAAUAAGUGAAA